CGGAAAACAAACAAUUUCCUCUGUUGUCUUCCUCAGAUUAAUAGCACUUGCAGCGCAUCCACUCUGAGUUUAGGCCAGUGUCAUGUCUCAAGGAUAAACUGAUGGAAGAGGUGUAUUGAACAACAGGAUACCCCCAUCUCUAAGUGCACUGCUUCCCAAGAUCAACAUGCUAGCUACAGGAGUUUGGCCUCUGCUGCUUCUCUCACUUCUUUCGUGUUUCUUUCAUUGUGAACAUUUACUUGCUUUUUCGCUGAAAAACUGCACAAUUAUCUAUACAGAAAAAUCAAAUGUGUCAGUCACUUGCACAGAGCGUUACCUCGCUGCUAUUCCAGAUGACAUUCCCAAAAAUGCAGUAUUGCUAAAUCUCAAGUCAAAUUACAUUUCAAAUAUUACCAGGAUGGAUUUGGAAGGUUUAUUCGAGCUCGAAGUUCUAAAUUUGGAAAAAAAUUGGAUUUCACAAAUUGAUGAUGAUGCUUUUGCAGACUUGGUAGAGUUAAAGGUUCUCAUCUUGAGUAUAAAUAGGCUCGCAAAACUGACAAAAAACAUGUUUCAGGGUCUUUCCAAGUUAGAGACGCUGUCUCUGGACUGGAACCAGAUCUCAUUUAUCUCCCCUGUGGCCUUUCAGCCCCUGGUCAGUGUACACUCAGUAGAUUUGAGCUAUAACCUUCUGCAUCAAAUUACAGAUAUUGAUCAGAUUAUUAAACUCCCAACUUCACAACAUUUGUUUGUCUGUUACAACAACUUUACUUCGUUUCAGUCAGAUGACCUCCAUGUAAAUACCUCAAACCUACUCACUCUAAGUUUGGAUUCAGUGAAAAAGUUCAGCAUUACAAGAGACAUUUUUCCUCAUCUGCAGUCUCUGGACUUGCGAGGCUGGACCGGGGACAUCGAGUGGGAAGUAUCAAACAAGACUUUUUUAAAGAGCCUAACGAGACUGCAAAUGAGUGGAACUUCUCUUAGCUUUGAGGUGUACAGAGCAAUUCUGCAGACUGUUUACUCUCUUCAAGAGCUUCAGAUGGAUAACAUAAAAAAGUGGAUAGAUGAUGGUCUCAUAGACGUCGCCUGCCAAAUUCAUUCUCUUAAAACUCUGAAUGUAAGCAGUAGUAAGAUUCACACCUUAAAGGAGAACAUGCUGCAGUCUUGUUCUCACCUAACUAACCUCAAUUUAUCAUCUAACCAUAUAGACAGCAUGGCUGAUAAUGCGCUCCAAUCAAUGACACAGCUCAGAAGCCUGAUAUUACAAAAUAAUUAUCUGUCUGAACUGCCAGUGGCCGUCCAAGGACUCACCACACUGGAAGUCUAUGACCUUAGCAUCAAUGACAUCAGUGAACUUUACUGUCCUUACUUCUGGAAUUUAACAAGCCUAACAAUACUCGAUCUGAGCCACAAUCGUAUAUCCUAUAUCUAUGAGUGUGUUUUUGAAAAUUUAAACAAUUUAAAAAUCCUAAAUCUUGAAAACAAUAAGAUUUCAUCAUUCGAUUAUUCUUUCAAAUUUAAAUUACAGACACUGGACUCUUUGUAUUUGAAAAAUAACGAGCUUAUAAAUCUCUUUCAAGGAGUUUUCAGUAAUCUGUCUUCCCUUCGUUAUUUGAGUUUAGAUGUACACAUGUGUAACAAUGUGGAGGAAGGAGGGUUAAAGGGACUCUAUAACCUCCAGUUCCUUCUUAUGCAAGGUGAUAUUUAUUUUUAUGAGCAUUUCAGUGGACUGCCAAACUUAAGCACUCUGAUCCUAAAUGUUGUUUCUAGCCUGCCACAUAACAGCUCCGAACAAAGGGAUAAGCCUUUCUCAAAUUUACCCAAACUGAGGAAACUUCAUAUCAAGGUUCAUAAAGGUUAUUACGAUAUUUCCAAAGAUGUUCUCAGUGGUCUGACUUCUUUAGAGUCCUUAAGGACAGAGGCAUACUUCAUGGGAUCUUUGCACCCAGACACAUUUAAACACACACCACAACUGAAAGGUCUUACGAUAACUUACAGCGAGCUUUCAGUUUUAACAUCUGACGUGUUCUUACCAAUUCCAAACCUGAUGAUGCUCGACCUCUCCAACAAUAAACUCAGGUCUUUGGAUUUUUUGGCAGAGGCCAAACUGCCAGCACUCAGGUGGCUCGAUGUCAGUAACAAUGAAUUGUUCGUAAUCAGCGAAACAGUCAUCCAAUCCCUUUUAACCAUGAAAUAUCUGGAUCUGUCUGCUAACCUUUUAACAUGUGAAUGUUCUAAUUAUGGUCUUAUCCAUUGGAUUCAAAGCAGCAAACAGACACAGGUUGUUAAUGCACAUCAGUACACUUGCGCGUUUCCUGUCAGCCAACGGGGAAACAAAUUCCUUGACUUUGGUUUUGACUCCUGUUGGAUAGAUGCUGCCUUGCUCUGCUUCCUUUUUAGUUCUAGUCUAGUUGUGCUUACUCUCCUUGCAUCCUUCAUCUACCACUUCCUGAGGUCACACCUCACUUAUGCCUACUACCUCUUCCUGGCCUUUCUCUAUGAUAAUAAGAGGAGGAAGAAAGGUAUUCCUCACAGCUACGAUGCCUUUGUCUCCUACAAUGUUCGUGAUGAAGCUUGGGUCUGCGGAGAGUUGCUUCCAGAGCUGGAGGGUCAGCAGGGCUGGAGACUCUGUCUGCACCACAGAGACUUUGAACCAGGUAAGCCCAUCGUAGAAAACAUUACAGAGGCCAUCUAUAGCAGCAGAAAGACUAUCUGUGUGAUCAGCCAGCAUUACCUGCAGAGUGAGUGGUGCUCCAAAGAAAUCCAGAUGGCCAGCUUCCGUCUCUUCAAUGAGCACAAGGAUGUGUUGAUCAUGGUGUUUCUGGAGCACAUACCAGCCAAGCAGCUGUCUCCGUACUACCAAAUUAGGAGUCUGGUGAAGAAGCGCAGCUACCUGAGUUGGCCACAGGCUGUUCAGCACACUGGAGUCUUCUGGCAGAAAAUACAACAAGCUCUCAAGAGAGAAGAAACCCCUGCUGAGCACAGGCGCCUCCUCACUGGACACCAGAGAGUCAUCCAGUGAGAUUUAAUCUAGGUGGAAAAUCAAUGAUUGUAUAUAUCAGUCAGUCAAACAAUCAACUGAUCCUUUAUUUGUCACAUGCAAAGUUACGCAUACAUGUUGCGUGUUACACGUACAGUUACCUGCAGUGAAACUGGACCCCUUCCGACCAUAGGUACAUAGCACAAACAUCACAUUGGAAGAGAGGUCAGAGAGAGGUAGAAUGGUAAGAAAAACAGUGAAAAAUACACAACAUCAGGGACAAGAGGAGAAAAAAAGGCCCUUCCCAUCGCUUCAAUCAUAGCGGCCAGUCUUGUGGGGGUUUGAACAGCAGUAACAGCUUUCUUUAAGCCAGGGCCAAGCCAGCUCUGAUAAGCAGGAACCCUGUUAUCAUGGUUCAGAAUAGGGAGAUAUCUUUGAUGUCCUCAAUCAACAGUCCCGCCAGGCACUCAACGCGCAACUUGCUCCACCCGUCCAUCAUGCAGGAAACGUCCCUGCAGGAUAAUCGGACUCUCACAAGCCCAGGCUUCUCGUUGAGAAUAGGGUGUCAAUUGCGUUAAGGGACCAGUUGUUCAAAUUCAUAAUUUUAUUCCAUAUAAAAGCGCUAGCUUCUGGGCCACAGAGGUGAAGCUAAUGCAGGAGCGGCUAAACAUGCAUUACUUCUAAUGCCCAGCAGGGGGGAACUCCUGUGGUUUCAAUAAAGGUGGUGCUAGAAGGGAAAACAGCCCUGUGCUGCCUUGACCUGUGACCUUAGUGAACACUUUCUGGUCUGGUGGACUUUCCUGGAGUGCCAUCUGCUAUUUACUAUUUUUUUCUUGCCGUUAAAGUGUAAAUAAAAGUUUUUUUCAUCGUUGAUAUGCUUGAAAGAAAUGCUAUGAUAAUAUGUGUUAUAACAUGUCACAUGAGAAAGCUGUAAUAAAAGCAAAACAAUGUUUUUA